AUGUUGGUGAGUGUUCGGUGGGGCGCGUUUUCUUCUUUCUAUUUGAGAUGUUCUCGAUAGAGCGCACUUGCCCUUCUUCUGUCAAAAAUGAGAAAAUAAUUUGUUUUCUUGGGGGAACUUGCACUUUUUUGGUUGAAAACAAGAAGUGCACGUCAUUUCAUAAAUAGUGAUUGAUUCUUUGUAGUGGGAAGGAAAAAAAGUGCGCUCUGAUGCUAAUUGCUCAGCUGGUAUCAAUGGAGCGAAUUUGCUGAUCUCAAGCCAAAAUUCAGGAUUAUCAAGUGCGCUCUAUUGAGAAUGGAGCAUUUUUCAAAUUUCCCGCUGAAAAAUACAAUUAUCAAUGGAGCGCGCUUGCUGACUUUAAGCUUUCGGGAUUCUCAAUGGAGCGCAAUUGAAACUAGUGAACACAAAUGCGCUCCAAUCCAAAAGUUAUGGAUUCCUAGGCCAGGUAUCAAUGGAGCGCAAUUGGAAAAUUCAUCUACAGGGAGAUCAAGUGCGCUCCAAUGAGAAAUAUAAGAUUCGGGAUUUGCUAGUGAACACAAGUGCGCUCUAAUGAUAAAUAUUGAUUUUUUUUUGGAGGGAAAUUUGUGAAUUCAAAUGUUUACCUUGGAGCGCUCUUUUAUCAGUAGAGCGCAUUUGAAAUCUUGAAAGCAAAUCCAUUUUCCAGGCUCAAUGCAAGCCGCCGGCGUCCGGAAUCCACGACGGCGUUCUCCACGCCGCAAUCACCCACGGCGUCGCAAUCUUCGUGCUCGCCGCAACCUUCGGCGGCGUCAGCGGCGCCCACGUCAACCCGGCAGUCACCAUCGGCAUCGCCACAGUCGGUCGAAUCAGUCCAAUCCACGCGAUAAGUUACAUCGGCUCCCAACUCUUGGGCUCGAUUUUUGGAGCAUUAUUGGUGCGUAUCUCAUUGAGCGAUGAGCAAUAUUCAAUAAUUGGCGGUGGCGCGACACUUUGUGCUCACGGCACAAGUUGGUACACUGGAUUCACCGCAGAAAUCGUCACCACCUAUAUUUUGGUGCAAACCGUGUUGCUCACAGCUGUUGACACCGAUAAAAAUGUGUUGGCCCCUUUGGCCAUCGGAUUCUCAUUGAUCAUUGAAAUAAUGGCAGCUGGUGCAAUUUCUGGAGCCUCAAUGAAUCCCGCCCGAUCAUUUGGUCCUAAUAUUUUGGGCCAAAUCUUCUUGUCACAUGAUCGCAUCAAUAAAUUGUACAUGUUCUGGAAUUUCCAUUGGAUCUAUUAUUUGGGACCAUCGAUUGGCGCUUUUAUUGCGGGAGGCGUUUAUCGCAUCUUUUUCGCAAGGGAUUAUCGACUUUUGGCGUAA